AUGGAUAAGUUAAAGUUGAUUCCGGAAUCCUUUCAGCAGCUCACCGGCCUUCGGUCCUUCUCGCUACAGUCCAAGCGUGUGAAGCGCGCGCCUGAGCAUGUGGUGGGGGCGAUGGUGCGACUGAAGUCGCUGUCUCUCAGCUGCAGGUCCAUCCAGAGCCUGCCAGACGCCAUGUGCUCCCUCCCCCUGUCCUCCCUCUCCAUCCUCUCAUCCCCUGUAAUCACCUCCCUUCCUGAAAACCCCGGAGCCCUCGUACUGCUUGAAACCCUAAAGCUUUGCAAUCUGCCCAACCUUCAGUAUCUGCCUGAGAGCGUGGGAGAUCUACAGCGACUGAGAUCGCUGGAAAUCAGCCAGCUGGGUCUGCUGCAGCUGCCCGAAAAACUGUGCACGGGGAGUGUGAGACACAGCCUGGAGGGGCUUUACCUGCGCGACUGCAGUGGACUGAGGCAGCUGCCUCCCCAGCUGGCCAUGCUGACGCGCCUGGAGGAGCUUGAGAUCACCUCCUGCUCUCGCCUCGAGUCCCUAGAGCCAUUGCUUGCUCCUGACUAUGCCGCAGGCAAUGUCAUCUACAUCAAUGGUCGCCCCUUCGUGCUGCGGGAGGUUGAGCGGCCGUUUACGAACCUCGAGUACACUGGCAUCAACCGGGCGAGAGUGGAGCAGAUGGAGGCUCGGCUGAAGAAGGAUGUUCUCAGGGAAGCGGGCAGGUACUCCAACAAGAUCAUGGUGAGCGAUGAGCUGCCUGACGGCCAGAUGGUGGACCAAUGGGAGCCCGUUGGCCCUGACUCCGUGCAGACGCCUCUCGAGGUGUACCAGGAUCUGCAGAGGCAGGGGUACAAUGUGGACUAUGAGCGCGUGCCAGUCACCGAUGAGAAGGUGCCUGAGGAGGUCGACUUCGAUCUACUGGUGGAGAGUCUGAGUGGGGUGGACGAGGGGACGGCGCAGAUAUUCAACUGCCAGAUGGGGCGCGGCCGCACCACCACCGGCACAGUCGUCGCCACCCUCAUCUGCCUCGCUCGCCGCUUCCCCUCCCGCAUCAUGUCGCCCUCAGCGGGCGCCAGCAUGCUGGCCAAGGCAGCGUCCACAGCGGGCCACGAGCCAGGCGGGGCCGCCAAGCUCAUGCUGGCCACCCCAGGCAAGGCGCACGGCGGAGUAGAGGGGGCAGCAGCGGCGGAGGCAGCGGAGGUGCAGGCGGAGGUGGAUCGGGUGCUGCUGGCGGGGCAGUACGCUGUGAUCCGCUCGCUCACGCGCGUGCUGGAGGCGGGCAGUGAGAGCAAGCGACUCACCGACCUCGCCAUCGACCACUGCGCCUCCAUGCAGAACCUCCGCGAGGCCAUCUUGGGGUACCGCAACCGCAUUCACCGGCACUCGGACGAGAAGCGGCGGCAGGCAGCACUGAACCUGUUUGUGGCGUACUUGGAGCGCUACUACAUGCUCGUCUGCUUCUCCGCCUUCCUGCACUCCCUCACCGCCCCCCACGCCUCCACCCCCUCCUCCAUCACCACCUCCCAAGCCCUGCCCUCGCCCUCGCCCUCGCUGUCUCACGGCAAGGCGGAUGACCCCCCUUCCGCGCAUGUGAGGGCGCAGGAGGCCCACACGAGGGGGCAGGAGCCACACACGCCAGGCAGGGAGCGCUUCUCCCUGCUGGACGGGCUGGCAGCCACACAGGCGCUGAGGGACGCCAAGGGCGGUUUCCAGCGCUGGAUGAAGGCCCGCCCUGAGCUCUACAGCAUUCUCCGCAGGCUACUACGGAGAGACCCCAUGGGAGCACUGGGGUACGCGCAUCCAAAGCAGGCCAGCAUGCCGCGAGCCCUCUCCUUCUCCCUACCUAACGCGGUCUCUUCCUCACCCACCCGUGAUGCUGCUACUGCCGUCGCUGCUCUCCACGCACCUGCUCCCACUGGCGCGGCUUCACUGCCAGCAGUGGCAGCAGCGGGGCAGGGAACAGCGGGGCAGGGAGAGGGAAUGGAGGUGGAGGGGGGGGAGGUGGAGGCGGGGGACGUGGCAGGGGAGGCGUUUCGCAUGGCGGAGAUGGCAGCUGCCAUUGUGGAGGCGCGCUCAGGGGCCAUGCUCAGCAAGCAGGUGCGCUCAGGAGCCAUGCUCAGCAAGCAGGUGCGCUCAGGAGCCAUGUAUGGUGUGUGUGGUUUGCGUGGGCAGGGCAUAGACCGGCAGCGCGUGGAGCGCAUGGAGGCGAGGUUGAAGGGCGACGUGGAGAGGGAGGCGCAGCGCAGCGGCGGCAUGGUGGUGGUGGACCAUGAGAGCGACGCCGGAGAGCUCUUCCACGCGCUCGAACCCGUGCCCGCUGCCGCCCAGGGCGCUCAUGGUGCCUGUGUGCAGACGCCUCUGGAGGUCUUCCGCAUGCUGCAGCGGGAGGGCUUCAGGGUGGACUACCACCGCCUGCCCACCACGGACGGGCAGCCGCCCAAGAGCCGAGACUUUGACGCCCUCGCCACCACCAUCAGCAGCGCCGGCCCCCACUCUGCCUUCGUCUUCAACUGCCAGAUGGGUCGGGGUCGCACCACCACGGGCACGGUCAUUGCGUCCCUCGUUCUCCUUCGCUGCAUCUACGGCCGCCCUCUGCGCCUGCCCUCGCUACCCCCCUCCCUCGCCCUGCCCUCUCACUCCCACCCCUGCACUAGCCAGCCUUCUCCCCCCCGCUGCAGCCCCCGGAGCGGCAGCAGCAGCGGCAGUCAGGAUAGUGACGACAGUAUCAGUGGUGGCGGAAGCAACGAUGAAAACGCUGGUGGCCGGAACAGUGAUGCUAGCAGCCGUGAUGCUAAUGAGGGUGACGGUAGCGGUGCCAUGAACCCUGACCUGCAAGGACCCAAGGCAGCGGAACCACACAGCGCCUGGCGGCAGGAGGAUGGCCCCACAGCCCACCGCACGCCCUCCAGCCUCCGCAAGUGCUCCAGCGGGCAGCGGAAACGGCGGGCCACAGGGGAUGCUGGAGUGGGCGUGGGAGGAGAGAGCGUCGAGCGGCGGCGAUCGGGAUCAGGCAAUGGGAGAGGCGGGGGCGGGGGGAGAACGCAUGAGGGUGAGGGUGAGGGCAGGGGCGGGGGAAGGGGGCGGGGCAAGGAGCAGAAGGCAUGGGGGGACGAGUUUGAGCUGGAGGACAUCCCGGUGGUGCGCAAGGUGACCCGCAUGCUGGAUGGCGGCGCUGCUGCGCGGCACGUGCUGGAUGGCGUGGUGGACCGCUGCGCCCAGAUGCUCAACAUCCGUGAAGCCAUCCUCAGCUACCGCCGUGCCUUCAACAUGCAGGACGCGGAUGCGCGCACGAGGCAGAGUGCGCUGAGCCGCGGAGCCGAGUUCCUGGAGCGCUACGUCAUGCUCAUCGCCUUCGCCUCCUACCUCUCCUCGCCUCUCUUCCGCCCCGCCGCCCCCUCCCUCUGGCCCCGCUCCUCCUCCUCCUCCUCUACCUCCCUGCCCUCCAUCCCUCCCUCCUCCUCUCACACCGCCCUGCCCCGCCUCUGCCCCUCCCUGCCUGCUGCGACCAGUUCUACCAGUGGUGAGGCUGCAGGCUCGGAUGCAGGGGAGGGUGGCGCAGAGAAAGAGAGAGGGGAAAAACAAGGUGGGGGGCUGAGUGCGCAAGGGCAGGCCGAGGCUAAUGGAGAAGGAGAGGGAGGAGAGGGGGAGGGCGAGGCGGUGAGCUUCAAGGCGUGGCUGAAGCGGCGGCCGGAGAUCCGCCAGAUGAAGUGGGGCCUGCGCCUGCGCCCUGCUCGCCUCUUCACCAUUCCGGAGGUGGGAGUGCGGCUGCGUGACAGCGAUGCGAGCGCCAGUGGGGCAGCGGGGGCUGUGGAGGAGAGGGAGGCCGAGGAUGCAGUGUUGCGGGCGCGGCGAGGGGCAGUGCUGGGGCGCGGGUCCAUUCUGAAGCUCUCGCUCUUCCCUGGCCUGCAGCCGUCCGCGCUCAACUACUCCAUCCAGAUCCCCCACGUCCCCAACUACUUCGAGGCCCCCGGGUACCCAGUGCACAGCAUGGCGACGCCCACGGUGCAGGGCGCACAGGCCGUGCUCGCCCACCUGGGCGCCGUGCCACAGCCCACGCCACCCGCAGCAACAACAACCGGCGGUAGCACUGGGGAGGCGGAUGGGAAGGCGGAGGGAAGGGGGGAGGCGGAUGGGAAGGGGGAAGAGAGGGGGGAGGCGGAUGGGAAGGGGGAAGAGAGGGGGGAGGCGGAGGUGGUGAUAGUGGAUCUGAGGGAGGAGGCAGUGGUGUACGUGCACGGCAAGCCCUUUGUGCUGCGCGAUGCCCACCAGCCCGCUGCUGCCCUCAAGCACGUGGGCAUCGCUGGGAGCGCCGUGGCGGCCAUGGAGGAGCGGCUCAAGGCGGACAUCCUGCAGGAGGCUGCUCGGUGCGGCGGCAUGGUGCUGCUGCACAAGGAGCGGCCCAGAGAGGGGCACGUGCAGGCUGGGAGCAAGGGUGCGGUUGACGGAGCUGAUGGGGCUGCAGACAGUGGCGCUUUGGAGAGUGGCUCUGCUUCUGCUGCCGCUGCUGCUGCUGGUGUCACGGACGUCAGUGCUGCUGCAGAUGGCGGCGCUGCUGCUUUACCUUCUGCUGCGGAUGAUACCGCUGGUGCACAGCGCACAGCGGGCAGCACAGCUGCUGAACCGCCUGCAUCAGGUGCCGCUGUGGCGGUGGGCCCCACGGAGAUCAUCGGAGUGUGGCGGGCGGUGGGGCGGGACGACGUGAAGACGCCAGCAGAGGUGUACCGUGAGCUGAGGGAGCAGCAGGGGUACCUCGUGGACUACCGGCGCAUCCCCCUCACACGCGAGAGAGUCCUCGUGGCAUCCCCCUCACUGCAGCUCUACGUUCAACACCGAGGCCCCAACGUGAAGUUCCUGUUUGUGUCGCACACGGGCUACGGCGCUAUUGCAUACGCCAUGGCGCUCACCUGCCUGCACCUGCAGGCCACCACUCUCCCCUCGCCUGCUCCCCACGCCCCCGCUGCCGCUCCCUCCUCACCCACUGCUGCUGCCGCAUCAUCCCCCACCCUCGCCAAGCAAUCUACUGCUUCUUUCUCCAUUCCGGUCCCCAAGGCUGUCGGCGGUGCGGGGGGGAAGGGGGAGUACCGCAACGUGCUGCAGCUGGAGCGAGUGCUCGUGAAGGGGCCGCACUGCAAGCGACUUGUGGAUGCCGUCGCUCACAGGCUGCUGGCGGUGGGGCGGAUAGUGGAGGAUGCGGUGGAGUACAGGAGGGCAGUGGAGGCGGUGCAGGGGGACGACACGGUGGACCGCGACAGGCGGGCGGCACUCACUGACAUGGGGCUCAAGGCGCUCAGGCGCUACUGUUACCUCAUAGCCUACCGUUCCUACCUCUUCUCCAGGGCAUCUGCCAGCGGUGCUGCCAGCAGCAAGGGCAAGGCAGUGGUGGAGGCAGGGGGGGCGAAGGGAGUAGCAGGGGGCAGUGGGGAGUCGUUUGGCGCGUGGGUGGCGCAGCGGCCGGAAAUAGAGCACAUGCUGCAGCACCUGGUGCUAGAGUGA